AUGAUUUAUUUGUUGAGGUUUGAAUUCUUACAUUCUUAUUUUUAUUAUGUCUUUUACUAAUAUACAGGUCCUUCAUCAUCAGCUUAGUUAAUUCUUUAUCAAAAGAUGCCCAAAAGAUUGCAGGAUUAUCAAUAGGCAAAUUUAUUACAGCCUAAUUAGAGUUCAUAAAGUGUCUAAAAUAACUUAAACUUUUAUGAGAAAGAUGGAAGAUAUAACAAAAGUUAUUAUUUCAAUAAUAGAUCAAUUAUGGCAUUAUAAAUUUAGAAGGAGAUAUUACAAGAAGAAGAAUUAAUCUGUGGACUAGAAAAUUGCUCAUCUCAGUAUCAAUAGGUGAUUGCAUUUCCAGCAAUUGGUUAUGGUUUAUUAGUUAAAUGAUCAGAAUCAAGCAUGAUUGAUCCAUGUAAGAUUGAAAUUUAAUCUCUGGUUAGGAUACAAAAUCUUUAGAUUCAGUUUCCUUAAUCGAGUAUUCUUAAUAUGAAUUAAAAGUUUUUGUCGGAAAUGGUUAAGAGAAGAUAUUAAAUUUUAUAGGUAUAUAUAUAGAUUUCAUUUUUCAUACACAUCUUUUUCACAAAAAAAAUGAGGAUAUCAAGCCAUUCUUCAGAUCUUUAUUAUUUCGCACAGUAAUGAUCUAUUUAUUGUGCAUAACGCAGAUGUGUUUUUGAUUAUUCCUAUAAAACCUUAUCAGCUAACAAAUUUAGGUUAUUUAAUUAAUUAACCAAAGUCUGAAUGGACUCAGGAGAUGAUAAAUUUCAUUAAUGAAUGCUUUAGCUUUUAAGGAUAAGAAUUUUCAGAAUUUAAAUAGCACCCAAUCUAAAGAUUUGUUGAUUUUCAGAUGAAUUUCAAGACUGUUUGUUCUGUUUCAAUCAAAACCAAUACUCAUUUUAUCAGUCAAUAAGGAUCAAUUAUAAUAGGAAUAAAAAAAAUGUUCUUGAUAGAUUUAUGA